ACAUCUCCUUGAAAAAUCCUCACAUGCUACAGCUCUGACCUCACCCGUCCCACGAGUCACGACCCGAUCCCUCUGUCAUUAUUUUACUGUAUUAUUCUUUUUUAAAAAAUAUAAAUAAAUUAUUCAAAAAAUAAAAAACACGGAAAGCAGCCAAAUUGCGGAAGCAGAUUUCAAAGGGCCCUCCCUCAACUCCAAAUGUACCAAAAUUGAAACUCUUCCUGUUUAGUGUUAUUUUUUUUCUUCUUCUUAACUGAUAAACAGCGAGUUGAGAUAAAGGGUAGAAGCGACCUAGGGUUUUUGGAUUAUUGAGGAGGGGAUUAGCAGCGGCGUUUCUGGCGAUGGCAGAUGAAAAAUCGACGAUCGUGAUGGCGAGUAGAGAUAGAGAGAUUAGGGAUCGAGAGCUUCUAAUCCCGGUCGCUGACUCCGUCCAUGAUGAUUCCUCCAAACCUUCUUCUUCAUCUUCUUCGCAUCACACGGGCCGCGAGACCUUUUAUAAAGUUGUCAGGAGCUGGGCUUCAAAGAAGUUCAUGACAGGAUGUGUCAUUCUGUUUCCUAUUGCAAUCACUUUCUACAUAACAUGGUGGUUUAUUCACUUUGUGGAUGGCUUUUUCUCUCCAAUUUAUGCUCAACUUGGAAUUGAUAUAUUUGGUAAGCAUCUUGUUUAUUUAUCAAUUAAAAACAUUUUGUGGCCCUUCUCAUCUAGACCUGUGAACUUGUUGCACGAUUGUUAAAUCGUUUACUCUUUUCCCCCUUUUAUUUGACCCUGGAGUUUGUAAACUCGUGUUCUCUUUCCUCAAGGCUUCUGAAUGAUGAGGAUUAUAGUGACCUACACUUUUAUGAGAGAUUGUGACAACAGCACUGAUCAUUGUGAGUGCUAGGAUGUUAUUGUAGGAAACUGGAGGAAUCAUUGGUUAUCGUCCAUCAUCUUUGCUGAAGUUGUUCUUUUGCCUGCAGCCUGUAUAAUACUUAUUAGUACUAUUCAUAUCAAAUUUCUGCAGAAUCAUACUUUGAUAGUAUGGAAAAUUUUGUUGGGGACAAUUUAGCCUAGGACAAAGUGCUUCUUAUUAGAUUAUAGUUUUACGUAUCUUUAACUGGAUAUCUUGCUGAAUAUGAUAUGUACUGCUAGAAAACUAAAAUGAUUUUUCCAGAGUGGCCUUUGGUAAUGAUUUUCCCAUCACAGAU